GGACAGAGCUACCUGGUCCGCGUCGCCGCAUUCAUCAGAGUGUCUUUCAGCGUACCAUUAGAGAGUUUCGAUUUCGAUCUUGGCCACUUGUCAGAGAAAUCGUCGCAACGUCACACUCUUCGUGUGUCUCUUUCGUUUGACGCGUUUGCACAAAUCCCGAAGCACAAAUGAUGAAAGGACGUCAUCAGUUUUGCCGUCGUUUCAGCUUACAACCUUCGACGCAUUCGGCAGAAGAGGACGGAUCAACAAAAAAUUCUAGAAAUGAGAAACUGAAGGAGUCGAGUACUAGUAGUGGUGAAAAAUCAUCCAAGAUUCGGCACAAGAUCGUGGUGAUGGGUGCAGCAAGAGUCGGCAAGUCAGCGAUAAUUCAUCAGUUUCUUUAUGGCGUUUUCACUCCGAAGUACAAGCGGACCGUCGAGGAAAUGCAUCAUGAGGAUUUCAUCGUUUCUGGAAAUCAGUUGACUCUCGAUAUUCUCGAUACGUCAGGCUCAUAUGAAUUCCCGGCAAUGAGAAAUCUUUCAAUUAACUCAGCCGAUGCCUUCAUUCUCGUUUAUGAUGUUAAUGAUUCUACUACGUUUCUCGAGGUCAGAACUCUUCGAACCCAGAUAAUAAAAACAAAAGGAACCGUUCCGAUUGUGAUCGUGGGUAAUAAGCUCGAUCUCGUGGAGACAAAACAAGAGGUGGAGAGUGAGCGGACACAAAACCUAGUUACAAGAAAAUGGAGAAAUGGUUUUGUAGAAGUAUCUGCCAAAGAAAACAUAAAUAUCUCUCAGAUAUUUAAGGAACUUCUUAUUCAAGCCAAGUCGAAGUAUAGUCUAAGUCCAGCACUGCAACGUCGCCGUCGGCAGUCCUUGCCGCCUCCUCAGCAUCUGAACUCCCGCAGUAGCAGUAAUUCUCAGGUACCGUCCCAAGCUCAAUUGCAACAUCUACAGCAAAUUCGCGAGCGCUCCGAUUCCAAAAGGAAUUCUUGUAUUCUAUCAUAAGACGACAACUUCUUGUCUUUGCCAGAAAUCUUUCUUGAUUAUUUUACCGAGACUGAAUGAGUUGACGUGUCCAAACCCGUUAAUUAAAAAAUUUUUUAUUUAUAAUAUUUAAAAUUUCAGAAAUCUUCGAUUUCUAAAUAUUUCGCCCAUCCAUCUUUUCUAAAUUUGUAUUUUUUUAAUUUGUACAAGAGAUAUUGUGCAUAUUGCAAAAUCUUCUAUCAUUUUCUUUGACGUAUACGAAACGAAUCUUCUCUAACACAGAAAAUAGUUUAAAAGAAUAAUAUUAUAAUUAUAUUUGUGCAAAUAAAUGUUAUACGUGAAGUGCAAAUAUGUCAAACUUUUUUGUUUAAUCUAUAUGAAUAUUUCUGUCAAUUUAAUGGAUAACAUACGAGAGCGGGUUUAAAAGUUUUGAGCCUAACUCAACAGAGAGAAACAAUUUUUUUCGAUCAAACUUACUUUUAUUUUUCGACAUAGUCUCCUUUUAAGUCGAUACACUUAAUCUAGUGAUGCUCCAACCGCUUUAACCUGUCCAAAUAAUACAAUUGGCGUCUUGCUCUGCAAAAUAGGCAUUUACGGAUGCUAUGAUCUCCUCGUUCGCUGAAAAUUUCUGUCCUCCGAGCCAAACUUUGAGUUUAGGAAACAGAAAAAGUCACUAGAUCUGGUGAAUACAGGGGGUGGUCAAUCAGUUUGAACUGCAAUUCGUGAAAUUUGACCAUGGCAACCGCCGAAGUGUGAGACGGUGUGUUGUCUUGAUAGAAAACACUUUCUUCUUGUUCAAAUGCGGCUGUUUUUAUUGCAAUUUCUGCCUUCAACUGGUUAAGUAAUGAUGCGUAGUACUUCCCCGUGAUUGUUUUACCUUUUUCAAGAUAGUCGAUGAACACAAUGCCAUGACUAUCCCAAAAAAACAGUCGCCAUCACUUCCCCAGCCGAUAAAAACUGUCUUCGCUUUCUUUGGAGCAGGUUCACUCUUCGCAAUCCACUAUUUCGACUGUUACUUCGUCUUAGGAGUGUAGUAGUGGAUCCACGUUUCAUCUACCGUUAUGAAUCGGCGCAAGAAAUCCUUCUAGUUUCGCUUAAAUUGAUCCAAUAGAGCCUUUUCAUUUUUACGAAAAUAUUAACAUCCACUGAGACAAACGACUGUUGUACAACAACUGAGAGUUCAAAAUUGGUGAAAUUUUUAAAGGUAUCCUUCAAAGUAUGUAUAGUCGCAGUACUAAAGUGGCGACAACAAGUAAUGCCAUCUUCAUGCUGAGGCUCAAAACUUUUCAACCCACCCUCGUAUAUGUACAUGUAUAAGAUAAGCGGUAACAGUA